AUGAUCGGCAAAUAUCCCGAAGGCAACCAGAUCACGCCCUCUACCAACCUCGAAUGGCAUCCCUGCCACACAGACCUAGACGCUACCUUUCUCUGCGCCCGCCUGACCGUGCCGAUGGAUUAUGACCGCCCACUAAACUCAUCCCCGAACGUCCCGAAAGUGCACAUCGCCCUGCUCCUCCUCCCGGCAGCGCAAAACCAAAACCAAACCGACCCCUCCUCCUCCAAACCAAAAUCCCCCUUGCUCGUCAACCCCGGCGGACCCGGCGGCUCAGGCACCGGUCUCGUCCUGCGCGCCGGCGCCGCCCUCCAAGCCGUCCUCGGUCCUGACCAGCCCAUCCUCGGCUUCGACCCCCGCGGCGUCCCAUUCACCACCCCCACGGCCGACUGCUGGGUCAAACCCCCGCCCGAUUCCUGCCUGAAUAAGACUUCUUCCACCGACAGCUCCGGCGGUUCCAGCGACUCCGACCGGUGCGCCCAACCUACCCUCCCCGGCCUACUGCGCCGUCUAGAAUGGGAAAACACCAACGCCGCGCUCGGCCUGAUGCACGCCGACGACCUGUCCACCGUCGCGCGCGUGCGGGCCAGCCAGACAGCCGUCAACGCCAUGUGUCGCGAGCGGGAUGAGCACCUGGCUGGGGACAGUGGGUUGGCGUGGACGGGCACAGAGCAUGUGGCGCGGGAUAUGGUGAGUAUUGUGGAUGCGUGGGAUGAGUGGGUGGAGAAGGAAGGUGGGGAGGAGAGGGAGUUGAAGGGGAAGCUGGUGUAUUGGGGGUUUUCGUAUGGGACGUAUUUGGGCGCGACGUUUGCGCGGAUGUUUCCUGAGCGAGUGGGGAGGGUGAUAGUGGACGGGGUGGUUGAUGCGGAGUUGUACGAGGAGAUGCUGUGGCGGGAGAGUUUGUUGGAUGCGGACUCCGUGCUGAUACCUUUCUGGGGGUAUUGCGCCUCGGCAAAGAAAAGGUGUGCGCUGUAUCGGGAAGGGGAUAAGAUGAUAGAUGUGAAGAAGAGGUAUGAUAAGGUGAUGGAGAUGCUGGAAAAGGACUUCAUCACGUUCACGCAUCCGCAGCACUAUUAUCCGGUGCUACUGCAGGCGAGCCUGUUCAAGAUGCUGGUGUUUCGGGGGCUGUACACGCCGAUGCAGUCCUUUCCGAGCGUCGCGGUGUUGUUGAAUAUGGUGUUAGAAAAGAAUUUCCAGGGGUUGAGCCUUAUUUUCCCGGACCCCAAGGCUAUGUGUGCGGUCGAGACGUCGCCGGAAAUAAUGGACUGGCUUACGGAUGCCCAACGCGCCAUCAUGUGCGGCGACAAGACAGUCAGGGAGGACUGGGCCCCUGAAGUCUGGGCCGACUCCCUCACUGCCAUGAGAAACACCUCCCGGUUCGCCGACAUCUGGGCGAGCAUUAUGAUCCAGUGCAACAACUGGCAGGUCCCGUCGACGUCCGGCUCCGACAAACUAACCCCCGUCCCAAACCACCCGUCCCGCAAACCGUGGCCCGUCGGACCGCCCGAGACCCCGUGGGCGCCCAAACCCUCUGACCGCAUCAAGACCGCCCACCCGCUGCUUUUCCUCUCCAACUCGAACGACCCCGUCACGCCUCUGCACGCCGCCGUCAAAAUGGCGCUCAAGUUCGAGGGCGCCGGCAUAGUCGAGCAGCGAGGGUUCGGCCACUGCACCAUCUCCAUGGUAUCAACCUGCACGGCCAACAUUGUCCGCGACUACCUCAACUCGGACAGGACACCCCCGCCACCGCAAAACGUUUCUCAUAAAUUCGGCCGUCUCCGGGGUGAGUGGGCGCAAUGUCCCGUCAAUGAGCGGCCCUGGUUGGGACCGAUGUACGGCAUUCACGACGUGUGGACGGCAGAGCGGAAAGUUAUGGCAGAUGGGCUGCGGAACUUGCAGAGGGAGUUUGCGUUAUUGGACAUGGAUGGGUUGGGGAGGAGGAUGGAUUUCGGCCCGGAGUCUAGUGGCCGUCGGCCAACUGUCUCUUGA